GAUCACAAGCCCUCUGAUCCACAACGUAGUGAACCUUGGUUUCUUCAGCCUGGUGUUCCUCUUUAACUCGGUCAUGCUGGGAGCCAUGGUCCGGGAGAUCCUCAGGCAGAACAAGAAAGGCCACAAGAUGAAGCAUGUCCUAGCCCUCUUUGGGCUGAGCGUCUUGCUGGGCAUCCCAUGGGCGCUGGUCUUCUUUUCCUUCACCUCUGGCGUUUUCCGCCUUGUCUCCCUCUACAUCUUUACCACCAUCAACUCUCUCCAAGGAUUCCUCAUCUUCCUCUGGUACUGGACAAUGGUGCUGCAGGCAAGAAAAUCCGCUGACUCCCAGAGCAGCUCCGACAGCAUGAAACUGCAGCCCAACAGCAGCCAGACCCAUCCUGACUGAGCCCUCGUGCUGCCGGUGCCGUGGGGCUCCCUUUCCAGCA